CGCCUCAAGGGUUUGGAACAUUGAACGAAGUUAUAACAAAAUGGCUACCAAACUUUAGUCGCCUACACUUUCUCGAGAUUUUAGAAGGCAGCUGUUUUUUUUAACGUUUAUUAUCUACUUAAACAAUCAUAGAACAAUUUGGAUUAUACACAAAGGAAAAAUAGAUCCAGCAUCAUGUUUUAAUGGUGUUAUUAAAUAAGUUGACAUUUAAAAGUUCGCUCUAUCAUAGCUGGUUUAGCUAUAAAUCUGAUUUUCUUACCAACAGAUGUGAGUUUAGCAGGUUUCCAAAGCAUUUAUAUAAAAGAUAGAUAAAUAUACUUGAAAUUAACGAGACAUGAAUGCAGCUUUGAGUAGAAAGGACAAACAAGUCUUAUUAGACUUUGACAACUCUGUGAGAGAGUUUGGGAAACAGUUUACAGAACAACAAAGGUUGCUAGAUCUAAGAACAGAAAACAAAAUUCUUCUGGUGAAUGAUUUGCAAGAAUUCUUUAAACGUCGCUCAGAACUGGAUUUUGAGUAUGGCAAAAAUUUGGACCGUUUAUGUGAGAGAUUUUCAGAAAGGUUCCAAAAACAACGAGCAAAUUAUGGACUACCUAAAAAAGAUAGAGCAUCGUUUGCAAAUCUGUGGUCAAAGUUAAUAAUAGAUGCCAAGUUUAAAGCCAAAGCAGCAAAUACACUUAGUGAUAUAUACUCAAAAAACAUUUGCACAAGAUUGACUGAAAUAGGGGAAGAUAUACAAAGAAUUUCUAGAAAUGUCAAAGAUACCCAACACACAUUACAACAGGAAAUAUCUAAUCAAAUACAACAGUUACAGAAUCAAAUGAAGACUUAUUACUCCAAACAUGCAGAAUUUAUAAUAUCUGAAGGAAAGUUUCGAGCCUGUGAGAACGAUAUUAAAAAAGCAGAGGAGUCUCCCUUAAAGAAAGGAAAUGAAAAGAGACUAAAAAAUCUAGAGAAGAACAUGGACAAGAGACGACAUAGAUUUGUUGAUUCAAAAUUAAAAGCCAUGCGAUCAAGAAACGAGUACAUAUUAACAGUGGAUGCUGUUUCUGCGGUAUUAUCAAAAUAUUAUAAUCACGACUUAAGCGAACUUGUAACGAAAUUUGACCACAAUUUUCAUAAUUCCUUCUCUUCAACGCUGCAAGCAUUCAUAGGAGCUGAGAUUCGUAUGGCAAAUACGCAAAUACAGUCAGCAAACUCACUGGCGCACACUGUGUCUGUGAUGGACCCGCAGAAUGAUAACAAAAUGUUUCUAGAAGACAAUCAUCAAACAUUUCUUCCCUUUAUUAAACUUAGUUUUGUACCACAUGCUGAAGAUGAGGUGCGUACUAUUACUGCUGAAGAGAACAUUGAGAAAGAGCUUAAACUGGAGCAUCGAAAACUAUUUGAUACACUGAAGUCUUUGCAAGUUGAAUUGUCAGAUCUUCAAAUUUCAAUGGAAAAACGCAAGAAAGGUUUGGAGGCCACAUACAAAAAGUACGACUCCGAAAUGAAUGGUUUUUAUCAUAUUGACAUGACUCCUGUUUCUGGUCCAACAACAUCACCCAACAGCACGUUAGUUUCCAGUCCUCCACAACAGCUGAAAGUUGAUAAGGAGGAAUGGGAAACCGGUUUACUGACAAAAUUCAAAGAACAUAUAAUGAUGCAAAGUACACACAUACGAGCGCAAGCGAAGUAUGAUGUAUUAACUAAAGCUAUUGGUGAGAUUACUUCGGAUCUGUCAAGAAGUAUGAACUCAUCAAACGGGCGAAAAAGAACUGUCAAGCUGUUUGGAACGAGUUUAAAGAGUCAGCUUGACGAUACUGGCCAAGAAAUUCCGGAAAUUGUGGAGAGUUGUGUCAAAUAUAUCGCAAAGUAUGGUUUAAAACAUCAAGGUAUUUUUCGUGUGCCUGGUGCAUCACAAGAAAUAGCUGAUAUGAAAAAGGCGUUUGAAGAAUGUCGAGAUCCGCUGUCUGGACUGAAUCAUUGGAAGGACAUCAAUGCAGUUGCAGGAGUGUUUCGAGUGUACUUUCGUGAAAUGGCUGAGCCUUUAUUUCCGUACGAACUAAAUCAAGAUUACUUAAGAGCAAGUUGUAUCACGCGGACUGACGAGCAGAUAGCAGAAAACAAAACUAUUCUUCAGAAAAUACCAGCCUGGAAUCUUCACGUAAUCAAAUACAUGCUCAAAUUCUUAAACUUAAUAGCACAAUACUCUGACCAAAACAAGAUGACGUCACAUAACUUAGCAGUUGUCUUUGGACCAACAUUGUUCCGUGUACCAGAUAACGAUAAUUUGUUGACUAAUCAAGGCCAAAUUAAUGUGUUUGUUGAUACUUUAAUCAGCGAGUUUUAUAAGAUCUUUCCUGACGAACCUAUGGAAAGUAAUUACGAGGACAAAACAGAUGGCUUAUCAGAUGAGGGUGACGAAGGAGAGCGAACAGAAGAUGAGAUUGACAGUGAGGACGAAAACGAAACCGUCGAAGCGAUUGCCUUGCACAACUACACCGCCAGAACUCAGAAAGAAGUAUCCUUUAACAAAGGAGACAUACUUACCAUCUUCUCCAGGACGAAUAGCGACUGGUGGGACGCCAGAGUGAAUGGACGGUUCGGGUUUGCACCUGUGCCGUAUAUAAAGAUUCUCGACAGGCCAAUGUCAGUGUCUGAGAGCUCGUCGGAGCAACGUCGAAGUCGAGAUGUAGCUGAUGCCACUCAGGGUUCUGAUGAAUCGAAAUUACGAAAGUCGAGUGAGCCUGAAACACCGCCACCUUCACCACGCCCUGCAGAUUCGAAGGAAGAAUUUAAAUUGAAGUCCGCGUCGGUGAGUGACAUGUCAACUAGCGAACACGUGGGCAACGUUUUUGCUGCUAUCGAUCCAACAGUGAACACUACAGCUUCACCUGCUACCGUACGACGAUCGGGUAGUGACCGUACUGGUGCAUGUGGAGUACGUAAAAAUAUUCCCAAUCGUUCGCUAAGCGAUAAAAGCAUGGGUGGGUCCCGAAAAUAUCAAACUCGAAACCCUACGUUACCGCUAAAUGAGGAUGCUGAAACUACUAAUGAACAAUCUACUACCGCUCCUUCCCCAAUAUCGACAUUUUCGGCAACUAAGCAACCGUUACUACCACCGUUACCGGCGGGUGGCGCUGCUAAAUUGUUACACCAUGUAUCGCAGCCUGAUAUACACAACGCAAGUAAACAUAGUUUGAUCGGUGAAAAGGUUGAAGCUAGCACUGAGAUGACCUCUUUUGGAAGAGGUGGUAGUGUAAAAGAUAAAAGUAAAAUGUUUCACGCGCCUAUCAAGGAGCGACCAAUGUCCGCCCUUGCACGCCCAUUGCAAGGACAAAUACAAAUAGAAUCGCCUAACAAGCCUGAUCACAUUCCUAGUUUUAAGCCACCGCCACCGCCCACUGCUUCGAAACCGAAACCGGCCGUCAAAAAGAAGGAAGCGGUCGAUCUGGCGGCUACGCUGCAUGCUGCGGCUGCCGCCAAGAAACAAACCGAGACAAAGGAUAUCACUCAUCUGUGAGAUUAUUGCCUCGAGGCACUAUGAUUUAAUGUUGCUAUGGUUACAGUUACGGUUUACUUAAGUGACGUCACGACUUAUGAUUAAAUUUAAUCACUUGAAAUAUUAUGGUGUAUAUAAUAAGUUAAUUCCAAGUAAGAAGAGGAGUGGGACAGAGGUUGAUAUAUUCUAGUUAACACAGAUGAUAACGCGUGAUUUACGGGAGUUCUCCCCCACACCAGUGUUUAUUUAAAAAAGAUAAUCAUAUAACAUUAACAUGUUAUUAAAUGUUAUUAUUAGUCACAACGAUAAAGAAUUUUUUAACAAUUUGACCAACUUGAUUUACAGUUUUUUAAGGACGCCAUUAAAACACAAAUUUCGCUCUAAAAUAUGUAAAGAUUGUUUAUUUCCCCCUGUUAUGUAAUCGGUACUUAAUCAUUAUCAGGGUCACAUGUUUAAUGUCGAAUUUUUAAAAAAUAAUUUACAGUUAGUGUAUUCAAGCCUUGUUUUUAAGACACUCUGCGACUAUCUCAUGUUAGGCGUAGUAUCUACUUGUUGGCAUUGGACGCUUGGCAAUGAAAUUAGUAUUUUUAUAAAUUUGUGUUCGUGAUAGAAAAUACACGAAAAUUUCUUAUGUGAACGAUUUGUAAACUAGUUCUUAUAUAUACAUAAUAUCUAAUUUUUUUGUAUUUGUGUAGAAAGGUAUCAACUUUGUAUUAA